AUGACAAUCGGAGAGCUACACACAUUCUUGUAUUGGGUGGUCUGGAAGCAUCACAGUUCAUCCGCCAGUGACGGUGUCAUCGACACCUUCCUCAUGCUCGCUGUCUAUCUUGAGGAUCAAGCUGCAUUGGAUAUCUGGCAGAGUCCAGACAAAUCGCUUCUUGACCUGCUGUCUAUAGAUUCUGUCCACGUCAAAGAAUCCGAGUCCUCACAAGAUGGAUUCAAUUUCACUGUGAGGUUCUCCAAGCCGGGCUCCCAAGCUCAUCUGAAUGUCAUGCGAUGCAUCACUUUGGAGUUACACAAGGAUGUGUUUGGCAGCUGCAGUUUAUCUCGCUGUGCUCUGACACUAUCGAGGAAUAUGAAUAAGAUGACCAUUGACAACUGGAAGGAUGGCUGGUGGAUCGUGAAGGUAUCGCUGCUAGGAACUAGCCCUUAUGUACCAUUCGAGUUGCAGCUGGUCUUCCUACAUGGCCCUUCAGAGUCCUCUCUGCCAGUCACGCUGUCUCCCCUGAGAGGACUGUGGCUCGGUCUCUGA